UUGGGUUGAAAAAACAACCCAGCAUUUUUAAGAGUGUUCUCUCCCAUUAGGUCAUAGAUCUCUCUUAUCAUCACUCUGGCCUCUCCCCUCAUUGUGAAUGAACAGUUGAGUAUAAAAGCUUUGGUGCACCUCCUCACUUGACCUGGCAAAGCUCCUGAAGUCCAGAGCUCAUAGCACAACCAUGCCUGUGGAUUUCACUGGAAAAUGGGAGCUGGAGUCGAGCGAAAACCUUGAAAAUUACCUUAAAGCACUGGACAUUGACUUUGCCAUCUGCAAGAUUGCAGUCCACCUCACUCCAACAAAGACCUUUAUCCAGGAUGGGGACAACCUUGUGAUUAAGACACAGAGCGCCUUCAAGAGCUAUGAGCUGAGCUUCACUAUUGGAGUUGAAAAGGAAGAAUUGACUAAGGGAUUUGACAAAAGGAUGCUAAAGGUGAACUAUUUAUAUUUAAUAUUUGUGAUCCUCCUCUAA